CUUCUGCAGUUGUCCCUCCUCAUCCACCGCGCCCAGAUUUCCUAGAAGGGCUGUCACCCAACAAGCCUUUCUAUUGGCUUAGAGGGGGGAGGGCCCGCCUUCCCCUGUUGUCCAUUGGCUGCCCGUUACGCCGCAGGUUGCGGGCAGAGUUAGGGCGCCUUUCGAUUGCAUCAGCUAAUCCUGUGGAAGCCAAGUGGCGCAAGCGCAGUGUUCCCGGGCGCUCUGGCCCAUCUCCGUUCCGCCUCUUUGCUCCUCUCCUCUAGACUGUCGUUUUCGGGUUCUCACAUCGCUUCGUGAUUCACCAAUGUUUGAGGAGCAGCCCAGCAGUUCUUCAGGGAAGAUGGAAAGCGAGGAGAAGCCGAUUGGUGCUGAUGAGGAGAAGCGAAAGGAAGGAGGCAAGAAGAAGAACAAAGAAGGAUCUGGAGAUGGAGGUCGAGCUGAGUUGAAUCCUUGGCCUGAGUAUAUUUACACACGUCUUGAGAUGUACAAUAUACUAAAAGCAGAACAUGAUUCUAUUCUGGCAGAAAAGGCAGAAAAAGAUAGCAAGCCAAUUAAAGUCACUUUGCCUGAUGGUAAACAGGUUGAUGCGGAAUCUUGGAAAACUACACCAUAUCAAAUUGCCUGUGGAAUUAGUCAAGGCCUGGCUGACAACACCGUUAUUGCUAAAGUAAAUAAUGCUGUGUGGGACCUGGACCGCCCUCUGGAAGAAGAUUGUACCCUGGCACUUCUCAAGUUUGAGGAUGAGGAAGCUCAGGCAGUGUAUUGGCACUCUAGCGCUCACAUAAUGGGUGAAGCCAUGGAAAGAGUCUAUGGCGGAUGCUUAUGUUACGGUCCGCCAAUAGAAAAUGGAUUCUAUUAUGACAUGUACCUCGAAGAAGGGGGCGUGUCUAGCAACGAUUUCUCUUCUCUGGAGGCUUUAUGUAAGAAAAUCAUUAAAGAAAAGCAAGCUUUUGAAAGACUGGAAGUUAAGAAAGAAACUUUACUGGAAAUGUUUAAGUACAACAAGUUCAAAUGUCGGAUAUUGAAUGAAAAGGUGAAUACUCCAACUACCACAGUCUACAGGUGUGGCCCUCUGAUAGAUCUCUGCCGGGGUCCUCAUGUCAGACACACGGGCAAAAUUAAGGCUUUAAAAAUACACAAAAAUUCCUCCACGUACUGGGAAGGCAAAGCAGAUAUGGAGACUCUCCAGAGAAUUUAUGGCAUUUCAUUCCCAGAUCCUAAAAUGUUGAAAGAGUGGGAGAAGUUCCAAGAGGAAGCUAAAAACCGGGAUCAUAGGAAAAUUGGCAGGGACCAAGAACUAUAUUUCUUUCAUGAACUCAGCCCUGGAAGUUGCUUUUUUCUGCCGAAGGGAGCCUACAUUUAUAACGCCCUUAUUGAUUUCAUUAGGAGUGAAUAUAGGAAAAGAGGAUUCCAGGAGGUAGUUACCCCGAACAUCUACAACAGCCGACUCUGGAUGACCUCGGGCCACUGGCAGCACUACAGCGAGAACAUGUUUUCCUUUGAGGUGGAGAAAGAGCAGUUUGCUCUGAAACCUAUGAACUGCCCAGGACACUGCCUUAUGUUUGAUCAUCGGCCAAGGUCCUGGCGAGAGCUGCCUCUGCGGCUAGCUGAUUUUGGGGUACUUCAUAGGAAUGAGCUGUCUGGGGCACUCACAGGACUCACCCGGGUACGAAGGUUCCAGCAGGAUGAUGCUCACAUAUUCUGUGCCGUGGAGCAGAUUGAAGAUGAAAUAAAAGGUUGUUUGGAUUUUCUACGUACGGUGUAUAGCGUAUUUGGAUUUUCUUUUAAACUGAACCUUUCUACUCGCCCGGAAAAAUUCCUUGGAGAUAUUGAAGUAUGGAAUCAAGCUGAGAAACAACUUGAAAACAGUCUGAAUGAAUUUGGUGAAAAGUGGGAGUUAAAUUCUGGAGACGGAGCUUUCUAUGGUCCGAAGAUUGACAUACAGAUUAAAGAUGCGAUUGGGCGGUACCACCAGUGUGCAACCAUCCAACUGGAUUUUCAGCUGCCCAUCAGAUUUAAUCUUACUUUUGUAAGCCAUGAUGGUGAUGAUAAGAAAAGGCCAGUGAUUGUUCAUCGAGCCAUCUUGGGGUCAGUGGAAAGAAUGAUUGCUAUCCUCACGGAAAACUAUGGGGGCAAAUGGCCCUUCUGGCUGUCCCCUCGCCAGGUAAUGGUAGUUCCCGUGGGACCAACCUGUGAUGAAUAUGCCCAAAAGGUACGGCAACAAUUCCAUGAUGCUAAAUUCAUGGCGGAUGUUGAUCUGGAUCCAGGCUGUACAUUGAAUAAGAAGAUUCGAAAUGCACAGUUAGCACAGUAUAACUUCAUUUUAGUUGUUGGUGAAAAAGAGAAAAUCAGUGGCACUGUUAAUAUCCGCACAAGAGACAAUAAGGUCCACGGGGAACACACCAUUUCUGAAACUAUGGAGCGGCUACAACAGCUCAAGGAGUCCCGCAGCAAACAGGCAGAAGAAGAAUUUUAAUGAAAAAGAUUUGCCCAAGUUGGCUCCAUGGAAAAGGAGGAGCAGUGUUUCCAUGACAUUGAUUUUGUACUCUGAAAACAUCAAUUUAUAUUGAACUUGGAGGAGUUUGGCAGAGUCCAAAUAGGUCAACCUGUAGGUACAACCAUUUUUGACCUAGUCAGUUUUUAAACAAUGUGCAUUUGAAGGAGUUAAUUAAAAGAGAGCCAGUGAACUGAUUUUACUCAUUCCACACCUGAUUACUGGAAAUGAAACAUCAGAAAUGCUUUGGUGUAAUGUGGGAGAACUUUUUUAUAAAUUUAAUGCAGUUGAAAAAAUUUUCAAAUUCAAUUAAUAUGAAAACUAGAAUUAUGGUGUAAAAAUUAAAAAAGAAUUUAUUCACAUAA